AUGGUUGAUUACUUUGGUCUCCAUCAGUCGGGCAUCGCUCACUGGACGAUACGCCGAUCCCGGAACACAGCAUCAUACAAUUAUGACAACACCGUCAUCAUUAAUCCUCCGAAGCUCGAUUGCCCCGAGCCUGCCGUUCGACAUAUCGACCAGGACUUUUGCGUAACUGCCUCUGGGCCCCAGCUCCAGUGA